GCAGGAGCAAAGGAGCGCGCGCGUGCACAGUGCAGCAACAGCAGCCAGCGGCGGCAGGCGCGCGCUGCCAUUCCGACACAUGGUGGUGCGACGGACGCGGUGGUGGCAACCUGCGAAUAUUAACCGUUAAAACCCCGCCCCACCCUCCACACAAAACACCGACGGACCUCUCGAGUCCGCGCCUCAAAUCACACGACCUACAGCGGCAGGGCAAGACUCGCGGUCGGUUAGGAGCAGCUGUCAACGCCACGUCGACUAAAACAAACAAACUAACGCUCAAACAGUUGUUCCUCUCUUUGUUUUUUGUUCCGUCGGUGUGAGCCGGAGUUAUCAGGCUGUAAACCAUGCUGGACCCGUCCUCCAGCGAAGACACCGGCGGGGAGUCCGACUCAGAAGUUGCGCCGGAGGAGGUUCCGCGGAAACCGGGCGCCUCCUUGUCGGUGAAACGGGGAAAUAGCAGUCGAGCGGGCGGCCAGCAGUCCGCUGCACCUGGGGGUGUCUCCGGUAAAGGUCCGAAAGACAGCGGCGCUUCAGGUGAGGAGGAGGAGGAGAGGAAGGAGCGGGAGCGGAUCCAGAGAGAGGAAGAGGAGAGAAAAACUAAACUGCAGAUUUAUGUGUUCGUCCUGCGGUGCAUAGCCUACCCAUUCAACGCCAAGCAGCCUACCGACAUGGCCCGGCGGCAGCAAAAGGUGAACAAGCAGCAGCUUCAGGCGGUGAAGGAGCGUUUUCUGGCCUUCCUCAAUGGGGAAACUCAGAUUGUGGCAGAUGAAGCUUUCUGCAAUGCCGUGAGGAGCUACUACGAGGGUUUCCUGAAGAGUGAGCGUGUUUACCGGAUGGUUCAGAGCGGUGGCUGCUCAGCCAAUGACUUUCGCGAUGUCUUUAAGAAAAACAUAGAGAGGCGCAUUCGCAGCCUCCCGGAGAUUGACGGCCUGAGCAAAGAGACUGUGCUUAGCUCCUGGAUUGCCAAGUACGAUGCCAUCUACAGGGGGGAUGAGGACAUGCGGCGCCAGAUACAGCGGGCGCACCUGAGUGCUGUGUCGGAGCUCAUCCUCAGUAAGGAGCAGUUGUACGAGAUGUUCCAGCAGAUACUGGGCAUCCGGAAGUUUGAGCACCAGCUGCUGUACAACGCCUGUCAGUUGGACAACGUGGAUGAGCAGGCAGCUCAGAUCCGCAGAGAGCUUGAUGGCAGGCUCCAACUUGCUGAGAAGAUUGCCAGGGAAAAGAGAUACCCAAAGUUUGUCUCUAAUGACAUGGAAGCUCUGUAUGUGGAGGAGCUGCGCUCAUCCGUCAACCUUCUGAUGGCAAACCUAGAGAGUCUGCCGGUGUCCAAGGGAGGCCCAGACUUUAAACAGAAACUCAAACGCUCCUCUAUGAACAACUCCUUCCUGGAUCUUGGAGACGAGGGAGACGUCUUGUCCAAAUCUGACGUUGUGCUGUCUUUCACUCUGGAGAUUGUCAUCGUGGAAGUCCAGGGUCUGAAGUCUGUUGCUCCAAACCGGAUUGUUUACUGCACCAUGGAGGUGGAGGGAGGAGAGAAGCUGCAGACGGACCAGGCAGAAGCCGCCAGACCACAGUGGGGGACUCAGGGGGAUUUUAUCACAACUCACCCGCUGCCCUCGGUCAAAGUAAAGCUGUUCACAGAGUGCACCGGGGUCCUGGCUCUGGAGGACAAGGAGCUGGGCCGAGUGGUCCUCAACCCCACCACCAAUGGACCAAAGCAGGCUGACUUCCACAGGAUGGCCGUCCCCAAGAACAGUCAGGACGCCGAGCUGAAGAUCAAGCUGGCCGUCCGCAUGGACAAACCCCCCAACAUGAAGCACUGCGGGUACCUGUACGCUCUGGGACAAAGACUCUGGAAACGCUGGAAAAGAAGAUAUUUUGUUCUUGUUCAGGUGAGUCAGUACACAUUUGCCAUGUGCAGCUACAGAGAGAAGAAGGCGGAGCCUCAGGAGCUGAUGCAGCUGGAGGGCUACACUGUGGAUUACUGUGAUCCUCAGCCAGGUCUUCAGGGUGGUCGAGUGUUUUUUAACGCGGUGAAGGAGGGCGACCUGGUGAUGUUUGCCUGUGACGAUGAGUCGGACCGAGUUCUGUGGGUUCAGGCCAUGUACCGGGCCACCGGACAGUCCUACAAGCCAGUUCCACCUCUCCAGAACAAAACCACAAAUUGCAGAGGAGGGAUUCAGAAAGCCGCAUCGCAUAUCAGUCUGGAUCCAUCUCAGCGUCAGGGAGUGGAGGGGUUGAUCUCUGCAGCUCCGUGUCACUUCGACCACGCCACCCUGUUCAGCGUGUUACAGAAACACACUCUGCAGCACCGCAUGAACGACUCCUUCUCCUGCCUGGGUUGGUUCAGUCCUGGUCAGGUGUUUGUCCUGGACGAAUACUGCGCACGGUACGGCGUCCGAGGUUGCCACCGUCACCUGAGCUACCUGAAGGGUUUGAUGGACUAUUCGGAGAACAGCACACUGGUUGACCCCAUGCUGCUGCACUACAGCUAUGCCUUCUGCGUCUCCCACGUCCACGGGAACAGGCCUGAUGGGAUGGGGACUGUGACCGCAGAGGAGAAGGAGGAGUUUGAGGCCAUCAGAAGUCGUCUCAUGGCUCUGCUAGAGUAUCAGAUCACACAUUUUAGGUACUGCUUUCCGUUUGGACGACCAGAUGGGGCCCUGAAGGCAACACUUUCCCUGCAGGAACGGGUUUUGAUGAAAGACAUCACCACACCAGUCCCUCCAGAGGAAAUGAAGAAACUCGUGCAGAGGUGCCUGGAAAAUGCAGCUCGGAUCAACUACAGUCAGCUGAUUGAAUAUGCCCAGAUCAAGGUGGAUGCUCAGGCAGCUCCAGAGAAAAGACUGGAGGACAUGAUGAGACUGGGGGAGCUCUGCAUCGAAGUCCUGCAGCAAAAUGAUGAGCAUCACUCGGAGGCUUUCUUGUGGUGGCCGGAGCUGAUGGCCGAACACGCCGAAAUGUUUCUGUCACUGUACAGAGCCAACAUGGACGCCGCGCUUCAGGUCCAGCCUAUCGACUCAUGGGACAGCUUCCCACUUUUUCAGCUUCUCAACAACUUCCUGCGAACUGACUCUCACCUUUGUAAUGGAACGUUCCAUAAACACCUGCAGGACCUGUUCGUCCCCCUGGUGGUGCGCUACAUCGACCUGAUGGAGUCGUCCAUCGCACAGUCCAUCCACCGUGGUUUUGAGCAGGAAACCUGGCAGUCUGUCAAGUCGCUAACAAACAAUCUAGCAAGCGUUCCUCUCCCAAAAGUCCCCAGUCUUCCACUGACGCUGCCACAAAUGCCCAGUUUUUCAGCACCUGCCUGGAUGGGACCGCUGUGUGAGAACACCUUGCAAGGAAUUAAUCUGCCCAACAUCUUUCACGGCUCAGCUACCUCAGAAGAUUUGUUCUGGAAGCUGGACGCUCUGCAGAUGUUCGUGCUUGACCUCCACUGGCCGGAGCCCGAGUUUGCCAAACAUCUGGAGCAGCGACUAAAACUGAUGGCCAGUGAUAUGAUGGAGGCCUGUGUCAAGAGAACAAAAUCUGCGUUUGAUGCCAAGAUGCAGAAAGCGAGUAAAUCGACAGACUUCCGGGUGCCACUUUCAGUCUGCACCAUGUUCAACGUGCUGAUGGACGCUAAGAAGCAGUGCUCCAAACUCUGCGUGCUGGACACGGGUCAGGAGAUUGACAAACAAUGGCAACAGUACCACUCCAAAAUCGAUGUCCUUAUCGAUGAGGCGUUCAAAGAAAUGAUCUCCUCCCUCAUCUCAAAGUUUGCCGGUGUUUUAGACGGUGUCCUUUCCAAGCUCUCGAGAUACGAUGAAGGAACAUUCUUCUCUUCAAUCCUCUCUUUCACAGUGAAAGCUGCUGCCAAAUAUGUGGAAGUCCCUAAACCAGGGAUGGAUCUGGCCGACACCUACAUCACCUUCGUACGACAGAACCAGGACAUCCUCAGAGACCGCAUCAACGAUGAGCUCUACAUUGAGGAAGUGUUCGAUCAAUGGUAUACUGGCUGCAUGAAGGCUGUGUGUGUUUGGUUGACUGACAGACUGGACCUGCAGCUCCACACGUACCAGCUAAAAACACUCAUUAAGAUUGUGAAGAAGACCUACCGUGACUUCAGGCUGCAGGGUGUGCUGGAUGGCACGUUGAACAGCAAGAGCUACGAGACCGUGUACAACCGUCUGACAGUGGAGGAAGCCACAGCCGCCGUCAAGGCGGGAGACGGCCUGCAGGGCAUCAGCAUGAGAGACAGCGAUGAGGAGGAUGACUAAAUCUACACACACACACACACACACACACACACACACGCCCUGUUUCUACUCCAUUGUUAUCUUCUCUAACAGAUUAGGACCAUCUAUGACUUUUAAUUACAUGUGUCCUUCACGUCGCUAAACAGGUCUCAUUCAAACCUACCAAGACAACACAUGUUAUUUCAGACUAAUAUGUAUCUAAAGUAGGUGCUACUGGACAGAAUGGCUGUGAUUUGUUUUUUUCCCAACAGCAGAACAGGUAAAGUGUAAAAUGUGUGCCGCCAUGUUGCAACAGCCCAAUCCAGUGAGCUCAGCCCUAUUGGAGCUUGUUAGCCUUGUUGUUAAUGUCCACACAACUCUGUUCCAGUUCACCAAAAACAGUCAUGUUAUAUGUUACAGUCACAGCAGGGCGAGUUACGCUGAUGGUGCACAGUGACGUGUGAGAGAAUUCGACUUUUGCUCAGAACAAAGAGCCACAUUUUCCCCAAAACUAUUUAAAAUCCUUGAAAACAGACUCUACUUUCAACUCUUUUUGUAGCGAUCGUGCGUACUGCACCUUUAAGUCUACUUAACUCUCUCAUUUGUGCCAUGAAUUGAACUGAAUCUUAAUCUAACAGUAUCAUUACAGGCCUAACAUCACUUUAGCCUGGUGUUAGUCUUUGUAGAUAACGUAGUGGACGUUUUAUAAAAGCUUUACGACCGCUGUCAUUAGGUCAUGAUGAAGAAAUGUGUGAUAAGACGGUCCAGCAGUUACAUAGCUCACCUGAACAGAGGAAAUAUCUGCAGUGUUGAUAGAAGAUUGUGUAUAAGCAAAAAUGUUAUUCAGCAACGUCAGGCGCACAGUUCUGGCUCUCUGGUGUCAAACACCAACUUAAAUAUUGAACAUAUAAUGAAAACAGUUGAAGAGGAGAGCUCAGGUCGUGACUUAUCACACGCUCAUUGUCCAGAAACACUGUUACUGCACAUGUCUGUCGGAGGGAAAAGUUAGUCAAGCUGACAAAAGGCGUCUUUAAAAAGUGAUAGAGCGACAUGUUGUCACCUACAGUACAGACAGUCGUACUCUGAGUGUGGCAGUCGCCUUUUUGUUUGCUUUCACACGUACCUUAUUGUUAAAAGCUCAAAAGAGUCUAAAACCUUUGCGUCUCACCCACAUGCUGCCACAUUCCUGACAGCAACAGCAGCGAAAUCCAACAAAGAGAUUUGGUUUUAUUUGAUAGAAGGCUUGGAAUUGCAAAGUUCUGUCUGACUUUAUCAAAGCUUGUCCACAUUCAUAUUUCCAGUAAGUCAUUCAAUGAAUUUAAGCACAGCCACCUUGUGUUUUCUGGACGAGCGAUUGCUUUCAACGGCAUCAAAAAUGAGUGACAGUCAGUGCAUUUACAUGCACAGUUUAAUCGAGCUAAGGCCUUAGUCUGACUAACACAGGCAAUCGGUCAACGUGUCGAAUUUCCAUGCGAAGAGGAAAUUGAUUUAUUGGUCUGACUCCGCCUCCUGUAGUGGCGCUGUAUCCUUUAUGUGAACGGUGAGAUGGAUUGUGCUGUGGUUCUGUAUGUUUCGUACCUGCUGUACAUGUUGACGUGAUACAAAUUGAACCGAGCGUGGCUCUUGUGGUUGCUGUGUUUGAAGAAAGACGCCGCCGCUGUCUGUACGUCGUCGUCUUCUCCUUCUACUUCCGGGUCGAAGACCAGGGAAGGAAAUGUUGGUGCAUGCUCAGAACGCCAAGUCCGCCUCCAAUCCCACUAAGUGUAUACAUGCAGGUGUAAUCGGACUAUAAUCGUAUUAUCCAGGGAUGUUAGUCUGACCAAGACCAGCUUGAUUUUAGUCGGACUGAUGUGUUUACAUGACAUUAAGAAAACCAAAUGAUUGUCUUAGUCUGACUAAAAUCAGACUUUUAACGUGCAUGUAAACACACUGACUGUUAUAACACCUCAAAUCAUCUGCCAGCAACAUUUUUAGCACUUUUUAAUCUUAAAGUAGUAGCUUUAAUUGAUAUAUUCAUCCUCUGUGGAUUGCUUUCUUUGUCCAUUUUAGGUUAUGUUGUAGAAAGUAAGGACGAGAGGAUACAGUUUAUUUUCCGCUGACUGGUUAAUUGACUUGUCUUUUCAGAACCUUAAUAGAUUACAGGUUGGCUCUCUAUGGAUUUGUCCGUUAUUUCUGUUACAGUUGUUGCCACCAAGUUCUCAACGUCUGAGAAAAAAACAAUCACAUUAAAUGAACGGUUAAUUAUAGAAACCUACUGUAUGUCGGUGAGGUCAAAGUGAAUGUAGCACAGCUGGUGAUAAUGUUUGAUAAUGAAAUUAAGAAUGAUGAAAUAUCAGAAUGCACAUAACGGAAAAAAAGGUCAAAGGUGAAGCGGCAAAUGACUCCAGGAACUGAAAGAUGUUUGAAAUGGGAAAAAUUUGAGUUAGUAGUAGUUUCCUUUUAAGUCAUCGCUUUUGUUUCUAAACUCUGUUUGACCCACUCUUGUUUUAUGUACAAUGUUACAGUAACUGAUGAUGCACUAACCUUUUGAAAAACAACACCCAGACUGUAAUUACCCUGAUUAUACUAUACUGUGUUUGCCACAAGCCCUUUAUUAACCGUAAUCACCAUUCUACUUGCCAAGCAUUGAUAUUAUAAAAUGGCUUUGACAAGAACAGAAUCAAGAAUUUUUCAGUUCUAUUUUUGUUAUUAUUGUUAUGUUUUUAUGUUUAUGUUAGAAAGGACAGUGCUUAGCUUAACAUUUGAGCGUCUGAAGUCUGCAGACAAACUCUGAAGCUGAUGCAAGUGUCGCCACACUGCUGUAGCUCCUUACUCUCAGCCUUAUGUAGCUGAACAAUGUCCCCACUGUUAAACAAGGACAUGUGGUCUCAGGUGGUAAAAGACACACACACAUGUAUAACCAUAAUCCUUCAGGUGAACGCUCUGUGAAGAAGAGUCGAUUUCACCACGCAAAGGUUCUCUAAAGAUGCUGGAAGUGUAAGCGGGGGGAGGGAGGGAGACGCGUGUCGUCGUAGAUCUGCUGUCAUAGCUGUUCAUUGUGAUAUUUUACUGUCGUGAAGAUUUAUAUUUGAGCUGUAGAGUGGUAUGGUCGUACUGUCUCUGUACAUCAUAUCGAUCAAAGUCUUUGAAAUGUGCUAAUCAACUCUGGACUUUUCCUUUUGUUUUAACUGGAACAUCCCGGGACAAUGUGGAGCUGUUUCUUUUUAAUCUGAUCAGUGUUGAGUGGACACAGCGUUGUGUGACUGCCGUCCAACUCACUGGCCACUGUCUGUGUGCUGUGUUCUGUCCGUGAGUCAGAUCGACACCUGUUUUAGCCGUCCGGUCCAGUUUGUGUUAGUGCAGUUUAAAAGGCUCACACCUAAAGGACAAAACUCUAUUUGAAGAAGUAUAUUUAUAUCGUCUUACUGUGCACCUGUUUUUGUUCAGGUGUCUUCUCCAAGUGUCCCUAUUAUAUUAUUAUUAAAAGUGUUUUU